AUGCCAGUAACUUUCAAGGUUGCAAAUCAUGACGCAAGGCCUAUCAAGACUGCGACAUACGGCUACUGUAAGGACGCAAGUGACGUCCUGACUUCGUCCUGGGGGGAACAAUCUGAUGAAAACCGCUUCGAAGAGCUAUUGCAAAGCUCUUUCUCUUCUGAUUUUGGUAACCUCGGACCGCAAGGAAACGGAUUUGUAGACACCAUUAUACACGCCUACAAUCAGCAUCACCACCUUGUGCUUAGGCCGGAUGAUGUGUGGAUUGCAAUUCUAGGACAGUUUAACUUCUACGUCAACGCUAAUGCAGAGCAAUUGCGCUCACACUUCGUCGCGCACAAAGGAAAGAAGAAACUCACCGUUAGAGCGGGAGGCACUCGAUAUACUGUCAAUUUUGGCAGUCUUGCAAAUCAGAUGACUGAAAAAAUCCAUGAAAACGUCGUCGACAAAACUUUAAAAGAAUGGAUACUUCCAGAUUUUUCCACAACAUCAUUUAACGAUGUGGUGGUGUGUGCAGUCCUUAUGAUGUCUACUUUGAAACAAUACUUUUCGUACGUCAUGGAACUAACUUGUGGUAUACCUUCAGUCACUCUCGAAGGGACAAAAAAAGAUUGGAAAAAGCUAUUGAAUCGUCUGGACAAGUUGGCAUCUUUUGGGCGCGAACCAGAAGCGUGGGGCGCGCUUUUGAGACCAAUCUUGCGCCGAUUUGUGUCCGCGUUUGAUGGCAAACCAGAUAUUGACUUCUGGGCUAGAAUCUGCCACGUUAAAAAUUAUGGGUCGGGAACUCCCAUUCUUUCAGGGUGGAUAACGGCCUUCUGUGUCUGGGGCAGCACUGGAAAAUGGCAGGGCCCAAACAUCGACAAGGUUUUGAGCGCCUCACAGCGUCACGACAACACAAUACGCGGGAGGGGAACUUCCUCUCUUUCAGGGUGGAUAACGGCCUUCUGUGUCUGGGGCAGCACUGGAAAAUGGCAGGGCACAAACAUCGACAAGGUUUUGAGCCCCUCACAGGGUCACGACAACACAACACACGGGAGGGACUCUCAACUUGUCCUGGAUGGCGUGAGAUAUGGGAGCAUAGGCGAAGACCAAAUUCCAGUUGGAUUUUGCGAUGUCGACGUAGAGCUAAUCGAUAAUGGCGAGUUUUUUGACUGUAUGAUGGUAUCGGGGCAUGUGGCAGGACGUCUGCAGGGACCGGAACGCGACACAUUGAGACCCGCUCCUGGAUGGUUCAUGUUUAUCAAACCCACAAAUCCGGCAUAA